UGUGUAGGGCGGGCGAGGAGGCCGCUGAGGCGGAGCUGAUGGCUGCACUGAGGGCGGGGCGGGGUGCAGGCUGGAGCCUUCGGGGAUGGCGUGCUUUGGGGGGAUUUCGCUGGGGGAAUGCGCCCCUGUUGACCCCUGACCUCCGGGCCCUGCUGACGUCAGGAACCCCUCGGGCCCGAGUGACUUAUGGGACCCCCAGUCUCCGGGCCCGGUUCUCUGUGGGGGUCCCUGGACCACGAACGUGUCUGACGCCGGGGACUUCGGAUUCCCGAGCACAGCUGACUGCGGGAGCCCCGGAUCCUCAGACCCGGGAGGGCUCAGGGACCCCUAGGUCCCCUCCGCGCACGUGGCUGGCUGUGGCCCUGGGCGCUGGGGGGGCAGUGCUCCUGUUGCUGUGGGGCGGGGGGCGGGGUCCCCCGGCCGUCUUGGCCGCUGUCCUUCGCCCGCCGCCCACCUCUCCCCAGAGCCAGUACAACUUCAUCGCAGACGUGGUGGAGAAGACCGCACUUGCGGUUGUUUAUAUCGAGAUCCUGGGCCGACACCCCUUUUCUGGCCGCAAAGUCCCCAUCUCGAACGGCUCAGGAUUCGUGGUGGCUGCAGACGGGCUCAUCCUGACCAAUGCCCACGUGGUGGCUGAUCCGCGCGUUUGUGUGAGGCUGCCCAGCGGCGACACCUACGAAGCCACGGUCACAGCCGUGGAUCCGGUGGCCGACAUCGCCACGCUGAGGAUCCAGACCAAGGAGCCUCUCUCCACGCUGCCCCUGGGACUCGCUGAUGUCCGGCAAGGGGAGUUUGUGGUGGCCAUGGGAAGCCCCUUUGCACUGCAGAACACGAUCACGUCCGGCAUCGUCAGCUCGGUUCAGCGUCCGGCCAAAGAACUGGGCCUCCCCCAAAACAAUCUGGAAUACAUCCAGACUGAUGCAGCCAUUGAUUUCGGAAAUUCUGGAGGUUCCCUGGUUAACCUGGAUGGGGAGGUGAUCGGAGUGAAUACCAUGAAGGUCACAGCUGGCAUCUCCUUUGCCAUCCCUUCUGAUCGCCUUCGAGAGUUUCUACAUCAUGGGGAAAAGAAGAAUUCCUCAUUUGGAACCAGUGGGUCCCAGCGCCGCUACAUUGGGGUGAUGAUGUUGACCCUGACUCCGAGCAUCCUUGCUGAACUACAGCGUCAAGAACCAAGCUUUCCUGAUGUUCAACAUGGUGUGCUCAUCCAUAAAAUCAUCCUGGACUCACCCGCACACUGGGCUGGGCUGCGGCCAGGUGAUGUCAUCUUGGCCAUUGGGGAGCAGGUGGUCCAAAAUGCUGAAGAUAUUUAUGAAGCUGUUCGAACCCAAUCCCAGCUGGCAGUGCGGAUCUGGCAGGGACCGGAAACAUUGACUUUAUAUGUGACCCCUGAAAUCACAGAAUGAAUGGAUCAACAAGAGAAUGGGGCUCCUGCUCUGAUUUCCACCUUGCUUUCCUGGCCUAGGCUCCGAGGGCACCUGGACAGAGGAUUAAAGGAGCCAGUGGAGGGCCGGUCCCUCCAACCACCAGCACCAAUCCCUGGGCUCUGAGGAAUCACAAAAACAUUUUUUAUAUAAAAUAAAAUUAUACCUAGCAA